CACACACACACACAUAUAUAUACACCUCCUAUAGCAACUAGUUCAUCUCUUCCUCUCUCUUUCUUGAUCAGUUUAGUUCCUUAGCUCUUAAGGUGUAGCUAAUUAUAUACAGAGCUAAGAGCCAAAAUCUCUACUCUUCUUCUGUUACUCUACUGAAACAUUCUUGUACUUGAGCCUCUCUCCCUUAGCCUUAGUGAUUCCUUGAUUCACCCAAAGCCAACGUGCAUACAUAUCCACUUGCCUAAUUGUUGCCUUUGAGCAGGGAGAACACAAGAGACCCAAAAUUGCACACCCCUCUAUACAAUUAUGCUUUGUACAAGCACCAAAUCCACACCUCAAUAGUACUUGGUCUUUUACCAGCUAGCUUGUGUGUCUCUAUUUUUUUUUUCUCCUUCCCUUAAUUCUCUACCCCGCCACAUGAUGCAAUUCACCCAGAGCGCACCACCCCCUGCCCCUCUUCUUCAUCAUAACGGCGGCGGCCACGGCCUCGGCCUCGAUCUCGCCGAGCCCGACCAGCCGCUGCUGUACUCUCAACGCUGCGCUGCGCGCCCGCCGUGGACUGGACGCAGCGCGGUGGCCUUCCCGACCUCCUCGAGGGCGCUCGGCAGCUUCAACACCGCCGGCUGCAUGGAGCAGCUGCUCGUGCACUGCGCGAACGCCAUCGACGGCAACGACGCCACCCUCGCGCAGCAGAUCCUGUGGGUGCUCAACAACAUCGCCCCGCCCGACGGCGACUCGAACCAGCGCCUCACCUCCGCCUUCCUCCGCGCCCUCGUCGCCCGCGCCUCCGCCACCGGAUCUUGCAAGAUCCUCGCCUCCCCCCCGGCCCCCGCACGCCACCACCAGUUCUCCGCCCUCGACCUCGCCAACUUCGUCGACCUCACCCCCUGGCACCGCUUCGGCUACACUGCAUCCAACGCCGCCAUCCUCGAUGCUGUCGAGGGCUCCUCCGUCGUCCACAUCGUCGACCUCGGCACCACCCACUGCAUGCAGAUCCCCACCCUCAUCGACGCGCUCGCUAGCCGCCCCGAGGGCCCACCAGUCCUCCGCCUCACCGUGCCGUCCGCAACCGCGAAUUCGCCGCCGCCUAUGCUCGACAUCUCCUACGAUGAGCUCGGUUCGCGUCUCGUUAAUUUUGCGCGAUCGAGAAACAUUCCGAUGGAGUUCCAAGUGGUCCAUUCGAGCCCCUCUGACGGCUUCAGCGCACUCAUCGACCAGCUAAGAGUGCAACAGCUAGUCUCCGAAGGCGGCGAGGCCCUCGUGGUGAACUGCCAAAUGCUGCUACACUACAUCCCUGAUGAGACCGCAGGUGCGAUCGCAACGCCACCCGUCUCCCUCCGGUCGAUGUUCCUCAAGGCGGUGCGGAGCCUCGAGCCAGCGUUGGUGACUGUGGCCGACGAGGACGCCGACUUUACCGCGACUGACGUAGUCUCGCGGCUGCGCUCGGCGUUCAACUAUCUAUGGAUCCCCUACGACGCGGUUGACACGUUCCUGCCGAAGGGGAGCGAGCAGCGGAAGGAGGCUGCGGCGGAGGUGAAGGGGAUGCUCGAUGAGCACGCGGCCGGGUGGGGGAUGAAGAGGGAGGAGGACGGAGAUCUCGUGCUCACAUGGAAGGGGCACAACGUCGUGUUCGCGACGGCGUGGGUGCCCUCGUGAGGAUCAGAGUACAUAAGCAAAUAUAUACUAUGAGAUUUCGAUCGAUCGAUUAUAUUGUUGCUGCAGCGACGUACGCCCAGCUUGCGUGCAUGGGGAAGAAGCUCGUGUGUAAGUGCACUACGUAGCUCUCCUGAUCUAAUUUGAUCUUAAUGCUGAUUAAUGAUUCGUUAAUGCUCGGGUUUCAUUAAUUAAUUUGUUCAAAAUUUAGUUAGAUAACCUGAUGAUCGAGCUUAAUUAUAGUUAGUACACUUCUGUGCUCUCUCUAGAUCUCAAUGUUGUGUGAGUGUGUAUGUGUGAAAUUGCUUAAUUCUUAUGAAUACAAAUAUGUACUAUAUAUGUGCUGAUUCUAAAUCUAAU